UUGCUGCGACUGUUUACAGGUGGAGACCCGGAGCAAAGGAUGGCGCUUUUUCCAGCUUUUUCGAGUGUUUCAGCAACGAGCUCAGCCAGCGAAAAAGCCAAAGAGCUGGACUGGCUGAGCAAUAGGAGUUUCUGCUCAGAUGAUGCCCUUACUAUCCACCAGCAUGUCCAGGACAGGAUUUUGCCUGAGAGACAAGAGGACUCAGAGACAGGUGUUCCCACUUUAAAAAAGCUAAAAGAGGACGAGGAGAAUGACUACAGUCAUAAGAAAAGGAGAAAGAAGGAAAAGAAGAAGAAGCACAAAAAGCACAAGACAAAGCAUGGGGAGCAUGCGGAGGGCAGCGGCUCUGAGUCAGACACCGUGUAUCCUAGUGAUCUCGUCAAACAGGAAGCUGACACUGCAAGCCGUGAAGAAAAAGUUUCAACCCAGGGUUCCUUCAUCUGGCUCGAUGACCUAACUGCCCCCACGGACCGCCCGUUCUGCAUCGAUAAGAAGGCUGAUUCUGCUAACUGGGAGUACAAGUCACUGUACCGAGGAGACAUCCCCAGGUACAAGCGCAAGGGAAAUUCCUCUUUGGGACUAGACCCCGCGACCCAGGCCGUGACCUGGACCGAUACCAAGACCUCAGAGAAGAAGCGAGGGGACAGGACGUCAGAGCGUUACUUCUCGCGGAGUUGCCAGCAGUUGCUGAACACUGUGGACCUGUCGGUGGUGACUGGCUCCCGUGGAUCAGGGCCAAACUUGACUGCCGUCCGUUUCAUUCCUGUUCCUCAGUGCCUGGAGGAGGAGGGCAGUGCUGACACCCCCCAGGUCCCCUCUGCAGUCAACCCCUUGGGGGUGUACGACUCUUCUACCUCAUUGUGGCUGCAGGGUAAAGGUCGGCAGGAGCCAGGCCUGCAGAAAGAGGAGGGCUCUGCUGUCACGUCAAGGGGUGGUAGCAGCAGCACGGCUCUGAUGGCUGCAAGAGUGGAAGACUUCAACCGCAGGUUGCGUGAGAAUCCAUCUGACAUACCCACGUGGUUGGAGUUUGUGCAUUUCCAGGAUGAGCUGACUGCUGGUCCAAGCCCCUUCUCAGGUUCUGAGGGUGAUGUAGAUAGAUGUAAAAAGUCCCUGAAGAUGACACUGGAAAAAAAGAUGGCCAUCCUGGAGAGGGCGCUGGAAAGCAACCCGGGCAGUGUGGAACUGAAGCUGGCACGAUUGGACCUGGGUCGGGAGCUGUGGGAUCCAGCUGCACUGCUUCGCGAGUGGAGGCAGUUGGUCUUCCUGCACCCCAACAACGCAGAGCUCUGGAGGGCCUAUCUGCUCUUCAUCCAAGGCCAGUUCAGCACGCUCACUGUCUCCAAGGUCAAUGGCGUCUAUGGCAAGUGCCUAAGCACGUUGGCGUCCGUGCAGGACGGUGCCUUGGUGUCCCAUCCUGCCCUGCCUGGCACCGAGGAAGCCAUGCUGGUCAUCUUCCUACAACAGUGCCACUUCCUCAGACAGGCGGGACAUUCAGAGAAAGCAAUCGCGCUCUUCCAGGCCAUGCUUGACUUCACCUUCUUCAAGCCUGACAGCGUAAAGGAGAUGCACACAAAGCAGCAGGUGGAGUUCUUCGAGCCCUUCUGGGACAGCGGGGAGCCACGGAUUGGCGAGAAGGGCGCACGGGGCUGGAAGGCCUGGAUGCACCAGCAAGAGAGAGGGGGCUGGGUCAUCCCCAGUGAGCCAGAUGAUGAUGACGAUGAUGACCAAGACGACGGAUCCGAGGUGAAGGAUAAAACCUGGCCCAAGUGGCGAAUCUGGCUUGAUGUCGAGGCUUCUCGGGAGGCCAACCACUGGCUGCCAUGGAGACCUGACAAGACCAAAGGCCAGUCCGAGGAGGACUGUGAGGACCCCGAUCAACAGGUCCUGUUUGAUGAUGUGGGACCCUCUAUGAUUCUUCUCUCAAAGCCUGAGCUCCGCUUCCAGCUGCUCUGCUCCUUCCUGCGUUUCCUAGGGCUUCCGUGUGACAUGGACUAUCCCUGCGGGCCCUCUUGGAGUAUCCUACUGGACAAUCUCGCACUACUGGUGGAGGAGCUGGAUGCAGACAGACCUCUGAGCUGCUCUGACCUCUGGCAGGCUGGGGUCAGCCCGGUGGGUCAUAUGACCACCCUGGGUGCACCUAGAAGGAUGGUGGGUUUGUGCAAGCAAGGAGAGGAGUUUAUGCAGAAUGUUCUCCAUCAGCUUUGGCCCCUGCUGUCUGCCUCAGAGAGGUCCAAGCUCUCACUCUACUGGAUACAGUAUGAGAAGAUCAAGGUGAUGCGGUGUGUCCGCAGCAGGAACAAGCGGCACAUGAGAUCCCAAGGUAAGCGGAGCAAGAAGGUGGCCAAGCGGCUGUUAAAGGAAGCGGAGAACCGCAAUGACCUGGCACUGUGGAGGGAGUUCGGCCACCUGGAGUGGCUGCUGGGGAACCUGGAGGAGGCCCGGAAGGUGUUGGACACAGCCUUGUCACUGGGACUAUCCCGUGGCUUACAGGACCGUGCCCUGUGUGACCUCUGCCUACUCUAUGCCCAGCUGGAGGUGGAGCAGGGGGUGGGGCCAACAGCUGGAACAGCUUCCCCCACGCUUCACAUCCUCACGCGUCUGGCUGAAGGUGGGACGUACUCCCCCUUCAGUGGCCAAGUGUCCCCUGUGUCCAUCUUGAAGGCCCGGCGGACCUUUGAGCAGGCCCAAGAAACCAACUGCCGGCCUGGGCUUGUUGGCUGCUUCGCCCUCUUCCAGUACUUGACCGUGGGUGUGGAGGCCGCAGAUAAAGUAUACCAACAGGCCAUGGAGCGGCUGGAGGAAAGGCACACAGACCAUCAGGAGGAGAUACUUGGCGAGGUCAACUCGGAGCUGGAGGCACUCUCUGUGGCACGCGCCUCGUUGCUACGGCAUGUUGCCAGCGCGUGCCCACUGAGCCGCCUUCGCGAUGCCCUCACCUCUGCCCUCUCCCAUUUCCCUAACAACUCCCACCUGUGGAAGCUGUACCUGUCGGCAGAGAACAGGUACCACAACGCUGGCCGCGCCCGCCGCUUCCUGCACACCCUCACUUGUCGUGCCACAAGUGCCAUCCCUCGGUUAUUCGCCAUCAGCGCUGAGCAGAAAAGGAAGGAGCUGGUGGACACAGUGCAGAGGAGUGAUCGUUACGGGGACGUUCGGGCCACUUUACCGGAGACUGGGCUGAAACACCGCAUUCGAGCGCUGUUCGAAAGUGCAGUGGCCACCGAGCACGGGUCCCGCUGCCCCCUCCUCUGGAGGAUGUACAUCCACUUCCUGGUUCUGGAGGGGAAUGUCGACAGGGGCAGAGGGAUCUUUUACAGAGCUCUGCAGAACAUCCCUUGGGUAAAGGGCCUCUACAUGGAUGCCGUUCUGCUGUUCCCUGACCACGUGCAGGAGUUCCUCGACCUCAUGCAGGAGAAGGAACUGCGGCUUCGUCUGCCCAUGGAGGAGGUGGACAUCCUACUAGAGGACUAGCCCCCCCCCCAUCCAUCAAGGCUCUGCACAGUGGGCCCCUAACCCAGAGCUACAGUCAAAGACUGUAUUUAUCAUGCCAUGCCCUUGCAAAAAAUCCUCUGUGCAGAAAAUGUGAUUGAUUGAAAUAUGAAACACAUUGCUGUUAAUGAGUGUAUAUAGAUUGUAUAUAUGUUGAAACUAAUUAAAAAGA